AUGACUGGCAGGCAGAUGGGAGUGAGAGUGUCUAACAACAUCUCCGCGGCCCAAAUCCGCGAUGACUACGACCGCCGAGUAACCGAAGCAGCGCGUCAGGCCAAUGAAGAAACGACUACAGCGACUGCAGAGAAUCAAGAUCCUGAAUUUGAACCCGAGCCAGAGCCGGAAUCUCCAGAGGAUAAAGCAAAGAAACGCAAACGUCAACAAGCAAUCGAGAGGAUCAAGAAAACCAAGGAAUUUUCUCGUCGCAAGGCUCGAAGAACCGGAGAGCCUGAUGAUGAUGAUGACGAUUGGCUAGCUAACCAGAUUGCCGAUGAGAAGGCGCGUCCAGCCCCUGGCCAGUUGGAGAAUUGCGAGAUAUGCGGCAAACGCUUCACGGUUACGCCAUAUAGCAAGGCGGGUCCCGAAGGGGGUCUUCUCUGUGCAGAUUGCUCGAAGAAUCAGGCCAAAGGCGAUGGCAAGAAGGCACCUCCGAAGAAACGAGCUGCUGGGCCCGGCCGGCGCCAAAACCAGAGCAAACUUCUUGAUGGAUUGACUGCCCAUGGCGCCCAAAGUCUCCUCGAGAUGUGUAUCAAGAAAGUUGCCGAGAACAUCGAGGACGUGGAAGAGUUUGGUGACUUGCCUCCUCCUGUGAUGCACCGUCUAAGCCAAAUCUUAUCUCGGAGGCGAGCGGUCACUUCGAGGAUUUUGAAUCUGUUUCUUCGUCGAAAUCACAGGGAACUCAACAUCUAUGACUGUGCCCAUCUUCACACGGACGAUUAUCAUAGGAUCCUUGCACUGAUGCCUGACUUGACCAAACUCAAUCUCCGAUUCGUCACACCAAUGAAGGAUCACAUAUUCGAAUACAUGAUAGAGAACAACAAGAGCAUUCGAGAUCUACACCUCGAUUCUCCGAAUCUAGUGACCGAUGAUUGUUGGCGCGAGGUGUUUGUCAAAAUGGGACCACGCCUCCAGAGCCUAAAGCUCUGGAAUCUCGAUGCAGCCUUUGAUGACAAAACUGCCGAGGUCAUGUGUGAGAAUUGUACUGGACUCGAGCGUUUAAAACUGAAAUACAUUGCGAAAAUCGGUGAUGGGGCUUUGAAGGGAAUCGCAUCUCUCAAAACACUGAAGCACCUCUCGCUAUGUUUCAUGCAAGAAACUGAGCCUGAACCCCUUCUUCACGUCAUUUCCUCGAUCGGCCCCAAUCUUCGCUCUCUGUCACUGGAAGAUUUCAAGAAUGCCGACGAUCCUCUGAUCCAGUCCAUUCAUGAUAACUGUCACAGUCUAACAAAAUUACGAUUCGCUAAGAAUGACCUCUGCACCGAUAAGGCUUUGGCCUCCCUUUUCCAGAACUGGUCCAACCCACCCUUAACAUAUGUGGAUCUCCACAGAGUCCGAGACGUUGACAUGUCAAAUCCCGCUGGCCCUCCCGAGCCAGUCGGGCUGGCGUCAGAUGGAUUCAUCGCCCUGAUGGAGCACUCUGGAUCCAGAAUCCAGUCAUUAAAUGUCUCGUCAUGUCGCCACAUAUCGCGUGAAGCCUACGAGACAGUCUUCGCCGAGAACAAGCAAUACCCACAUCUUAGACAUCUUGACAUUUCCUUCAAUGGCCCGGUGGAUGACUAUAUUGCCCAGUGCAUUCUACGCUGCUGUCCGGCUCUUACGAAAUUCGUUGUCUUCGCCUGCUUCAAGAUUCGAGAGUUGAAGGUGAAUAAGGGUGUUGCUGUGAUCGGAACUAUCGGCGCGAAGCUCACUGUCGAGGGCAUCGUACAAGCGGAGACUAUGUGA